AUGGUUGCGCAGUCGCUGAGCUCGCUUUUGCAGCGGGCAACGAUUGACGAUCAUGAGGAGGUCCUCCAGUCCUGCAACGAAACUCUCGCCAAGUCCAAGAACGACAUUCACGCCCAACACAUCAAAGUCAUUGCUUUAUUAAAGCUCGAUCGUUUCGAAGAUGCGCUGCGGGUGCUCGAGGCCGGAGGCGAUGCCCUGAAGAAGCGGGCUGGGUUGGAACAUGCUUAUGCGCUGUACAAGUGCGCGAAGUUGGAGGAGGCUCUUGACACUGUGGCUCGGUCGGACGCUGGUCGUGGUGCCAGCCAUUUGGAGGCCCAAGUGUCCUACCGUGCUGAGCAAUUCCGUCGCGCCGCAGAGAUCUACGAGAAACUCUCUCAGUCUUCUAGUCCCGAGGAUAACGACUUGAGCAUCAACUCAUGGGCGACCGAUGCCCAGCUGCAGUGGAAAGGCGAGGCGGAAUACGUGCGCCACGAGCGGCCCUCGAGAGAGGACCUAGAGUCAUUUGAGACGGCAUACAAUGCAGCUUGCCUGAAUAUUGCUAAGGGAGCCCUUGCGCAAGGCGAAGUGCUCCUCAACAGGGCGAAGAACAUUUGCCAGACAUCAGAGGACCUUUCACCCGAGGACAGGGCUGCAGAGCUCCUCCCCAUCUCUAUUCAAUAUUUAUAUGUGUUAAUUCGGCAAGGAAAGACGGAGGAGGCCGAGGCGCUCCUGAAAGAGAUCUCUGUGGAAGACAUUCAAGAACUCUCCACGAAGAAGGUUGCUUGUAACAACAUUGUUCUGGCUCGCCAGACCGCGGUCAACCCAUUCGUCCUCUACAAGGCCCUCCACGAAACCCCCGAGGCCAUCAACAACGACCGGCUGUUCGAUUUCCAACAAAAUGCCCUGCUUGGAAACUCGCACGCAGUGGAUCUUCUCGUGCAGAAAUAUGACGGCAUGAUCCGUUCAACAGCCAAAGCGCUCUCAAAGAGCCCUUGCCCCUCUGCCGAGGCCAGCACCAAUCGUCUCUCCGUCUACAAUGCCGCUGGCUAUGCGCGAGGAGAAACCGGACAGAAGGCCCUGAAGCAGAUACUCCCUGUCCUGGAAAGGCGGCCCAAGGACCUGGGUCUCCUUUUGACCGUGGUUCAGCUCUACGUCAAUGCCGGCAACACCACUUCCGCCAUCAUUGCCGUGGAGCGAUCGCUCCGCAGCCUCGAAGAGUCCAUCUCCGAAGCUGACCAGGACGCUCGAUUCAACCCAGGCUUGCUCAGCGUUCUUGUCGCCCUUUACCAGCGCGAGGGCCGGAAACUCCAGAUCCAAUCUACCCUCGCACAGGCCGCCGCAUACUGGCGCAAGAAGCCCGAGCCUCCUGCGUCUCUCCUGCGCGCCGCCGCUACCUCCCUCCUUCACUCCGACGACCGCUCCGAUCUGGCCACUGCCGGCGACCUGUUCCGCUUUUUGUACCAGCAAGACUCCAAUGACCGCAUGGCCAUCGCCGGCUACGUCGCCUCCCAGGCUACGCUGGACUAUUCUCAGGUUGAAUCGCAGCUCGACCGUCUGCCCGAGAUUAGCGACCUCGUCGCCGAAAUCGACGUUUCCGCCCUCGAGUCCGCAGGCAUCGCGCCCUCUGCGUCAUCUGCUGCGGCCGCGGCCGCCGCGUUUGCCGGAGCUCGGAAGCGUUCCGCCGCGGACAAGGAAGGCCGCGCUACAAAACGUGUCCGCAAGUCUCGCCUACCCGAGAACUACGACGCGGACAAGAAGCCCGACCCCGAGCGCUGGCUGCCUCUGCGUGAUCGAUCCUCCUACAGACCCAAGGGAAGGAAGAACAAGCAGCGCGCUGCAGACCGUACCCAGGGUGGCGUUGUUACCGAGAAGGCAGAGGAAUCUCCCGCUCCGCAACAGCAGAAGUCCGGAGGUGGAGGAGGUAACGCCAAGAAGAAUAAGAAGAAGGGCAAGCGGUAG